UCCCCGGCUGUACAAUCACAGGAUCUAAUACCACCCCCGUCUCCUCCACCUCUCGGUAUCCCCGAGGACCCAGAACCAGUCAGCCGUUAUACCCUUCGCCGCAGGCAGGCACGUCAGCUUCAACCGUACGCGUUUGACAAGGCGCAGUACAAGGCGCAGAUGAAGGCAAACCCCGAUGCGAUCGUGAAGUUUGUGAGUCCGCAACGUCGUGAGAUGCAUGAAGAUGGGUCACAGUGGGCCGAUGGGCAGACACAAGGUGGAACCCAAGCAGAGUAUAUUUUUCCAGUUGACAAUCCGGAGGAGGACCGAGAUUAUGUGGAUGUGGAAGGAAGGAGGCAACAGAGGCAGGUCACCAUUGCUGAAGCUGAUCAUCAUAACCGUGAACGGGAGGAAGGAUGGCUCCCUGAGGCUCUUAGAGAUCUGUCUGAAAGCGACGAGAUUGAGGGAACAGAUGAAGUUCGCAAGUUAGCGAGGGAUGCGAGGAGAGCUCGGAAGAAGGCUGAAGCUGAGGCAAAGAAGAGGGAGAAGGAAGAAGCUCGCCUGAGAGCGCAGGAAGAGGCUGUCGCGAAAGAAAUUGGAAAGCAGCGUGACACACCGUCUCCUUCCCGCUCGUCCUCACCCUCGCAUUCCCUUCGUUUUGAUCCUUCACAGCUUCAGUCCCGUUCGCUGGCAAGGAAUCCCCCUGCGACCGACGAAUACGAGUAUCAACAAGAUGAUAACUACGACUACUAUAAUUUCUUCGACCACAACGACCACAACCCGAUCAAUGCGGAGAAUGUCAACCCUGAUACCGAUGACGAUGCAAUUGAAAUUCCCUCGGCACCGUCAACACCACCACGCUCCUCGUCUACAUUGCCUGAUGGGAGCAAUCACUUGGAUUUGUCCGAUGAUGAUCCCCUCGCCCGUGAGCCUCGCGAGGAGUUCAGCAGUCCUUCUCCCGAAAUUUCUUCCAAAGAUCGCAAACGUUUCCGCCUCCUGCAGCGUAUGAUGCCCGCAGUCAUGAUCAAGAAGCAGCUCGAGCAGCAAGGUUCCCAAUCGAAAAUUCUUGCCAGUACCAAACGAGCGCAUUCUCCAACGCCGUCUGAUAGUGGCGACGAGCCCUUGAGACCUGGACAUGCACGCGUCCGAAUGGGUGCUAGUGGACGUGAUGUUAUGAUUCAGGGAGACCCUGAGAGCUCGGAUGUCGAAAUUCUUCGAGAAGAGGACAUGGAUGCUGAGGUACCAGACAUCGUAUCACAAGUUCGUCGGCGGGCAUCUCCCAAAGUCAGAUCAAGGUCUCCAGCCAUCAUCAUCUCUUCCAGUUCCGAGAGUGGAUCAGAGAGUGAUGGCGAGGAAAGCGACGGUAUGAUCGACGAUGCACGGAUCGACGCAUGGAGCCGAAGUCGUCGGCCUAUGCAUGAGAAGAGUCUGAUUGACUGGAUGCUUACGCGGACUAGGACGGUGGGUGGUGGGAGAAAGCAGAGAGCCAAGUCAAGUCGGAGGCCCCGAGGUUCCGGUGUAAAAUCCCGAGAUAUGGGUGAAAGCAGAGGUGGACACUCAAGGCCAAAGCUCAACGUUGUAACAGGUGGCGCGCGAAUGGGCAAUCAGACCCUUCUCUCCUUCCCCGCUGUUUCUUCUGACCAUGACCACCGCUCUCAGCAUUCACAUCAUCACAAGGUCCAUAAGCGGACAGAAUCGACAAUACCAGCGGAGCGCGAGUCCAAGGCACUACGAAGGGAACGGAGGAAGAAGAAGCGCAAGAAAGCAGAGGGAGAGCUCUACAGCUUCCACCAAUCUGGCACGCAUAUUGCGCGAAGGGUUCGUCGAGAAGAUACCCAAUCUAAGCGCCAGCAAAUUUCGGUCUCGCGUGUUGAUUUUAAACCUCAAUCUAGUGUGGAAUCCAGUCAGGAUGAACACCAGAGAAAAUCACAUGCUGAGUCAGGUCCUCCACCCUCCCGCGUCGGUCCGCGUCGUAGCCACGUUGACUUUGAUAUACCACUAGAUCCGCCACGCGAACGACUACUACCUGUGCGUAGGAAGGGUUAUAACGACGUCCACGAGUUUAUGCAUGCUGUAGAUCAACGGGCGUUGUUGACCACAGUCGACUUGGGCAUCGAUUCUUUGCCCUCAGGGAUUGCGUUCUCGGCCGGAACGUAUAUUGGCCACGGGUUUCUUCACCAGCUGAUAUGCCUCGUUACAGGGCAUGCUCAGCCUGUUGCUCCUAUGUCAUAUGUUAUUCGAGGGUUCGACCUUGGACCUGACACAUCGGUGCACGUUCUUACGACUGUAAUUGCACCCUUGUGUGAUCAGCUCGCGGAUGACGUGCUCAAAGGACACGAGUGGACGGCUGUGACUGGGAAGGACUGGGAACUCGCAAUGCGAACGGUGUGCCAGUUGGUAUCGUGGCAGUGUCUCAGCAUCGACGACCAGGAAUUCAGUUCGCUAGAGCUCACGGUACACGAGACUAUGGGUUCUUUAGUGGCGCGGGUGUUGGAGGCUAAUUUUCAUCAAUUCUCAUUACCUGUUUGCUGGUUUGCAGUAGAGCUCGCUGCACGGAUCAUGCACGCUGCAAGAACUCGGCGGGGGUCAUCAGAGACCCGAGAGUUGUUCAAAUUUGCGCUCUUGCUCAUGCGACCCCUGUCAGAUGUAGACCUCCGGGACAUUUUAGCAUCGUUUAGGGAACCCGAUGGCCCUCUAGAGACCGACUCAACUGCCGUUCAAGCUGUAGAGUCAUGGAUAUGCCUCUUUCACCUCUUGAUCAACUGCACGCCUGAGUCUCCUGGUAAACUAUCAUCGGAGCCAUUUUGGCUUUUGUUCAAACAGUUGAUCCAAGACGAAGCAUCAUCGUUCAUCACAGCAGUUGAGGCGAGCGAGUAUGUUUGGCGGAAUGUAUUCUCUUUUUGUGCGCUCUCACAGUUCUCUGUGCACGGGAUGUCGACAUCCCUCAGUAGAAUCGCACCUUCAUGGGAAACGGUUUUGACUACUCUGAAGCUCAUCUCCCUAGUUGCCGAUCCACAGAAGGAUGCACUCACACAUACUGCAUCCCUCAACAAACGAGACGAGUACGUCUCCGUCGUCGCUUCUCGAUGCUUCCUCUUGUGGAAGCGUUGGCAUUGGAGUUUGGAUGAUGCAAUGAUAAUGUUCAACCACCUCGUGGAAAUAUUCAGGAGCCGUAGAUUUGCCAGUCUCCGCCACGAGCAGCCUAAAUUUAUGCAAUUCAUGGUGCAAAGGGACAUUUCUUUGCUUUCAGUACAAGACAGGGGCGACAACGUAUUCGAGGUGCUCCUCAAGAUGAUCGUACAAGUUGCGCAGGCGGACAGCACGAGUGACGCGGAGAAAAAACAACGGGACAUACAGGUGAAGAAAAUGCUGAACAUGGUCGUCCCAGUUGGCUCGGUGUCAUCGACGAGGGCCGUUCAGCCAACUGGGCAGGAGAGUUCUAUGCUUUUCAACCGACUCAAUGCUAUGGCAGUCGCUAUUCAUCUUGAUUCCUCCGUCUCCAACGUUCGACACCGCGUUGGGCAAGCUCGACGAUGCGUCAACUUCAAAGAUGCACACGAUUUCACUAGGGCUGUAUGCAUUCGAGGCAUUGAGCAUAUUUGCGCUGUUAUGCGACAUCACCGCGUACAGCUUGGAGAAAUUCUCAACUGGCUUGCCGAGGUUACCGGCAUCCUGCUGGACGAAUACCAGGAGGCGCGCACGCUAACAAAUAAAGACAACAAGAAUAUCGUGAAGAACAAGACAGUGGAGAUGGUCAAGAGUCUUCUCACGUCGGUUGUUCGUAUGAUUGAGACAUGCUCACUGGACACUGCGGAUGAGCGACAUGAGUAUCCAGAUCCUGCCUUUCUGGAAGGACCAUGGGUAAAGGACGUCUUCAGUCCCAAGAAUCCUGUCGCCAUAGAGCAGAAUUCGAGUGCUUCGUGCCAAGAGGUGGUGUCAGCUUUUCUGGAUGCUCGAAUGAGGGCCUUACCGCGGCCCACCGCACCACCAAUAUCAUCGAGUGUUGAUAAUCAGGAGAGCCAGGAUGAGUACGACAAGUUCUUCAUCGACUUGAACGAUCCAGAAAUCUUAGCUGCUCUUGGUGACGAGCCUGCACAAACUUCUGGGAUGGAGUGGAAGAAGAAGGAAGAAGCAGUUUGCAAGGUCAUCUGCGGACCGCUUGCUUCAGCAAUAUUCCGGGUUGUUUGCAGAUAUGUAGUUGACUCCCCCGCGCCAAGCACAGUCGAUAGUCGCCGUGAGACAGCUGAUAGAUGGAUUGAUUGUUGGGUAGGAGUCGGAAAUGUGCUGGUUCAGAAUGGAUCGAGUUGGAAAAACCACAUGCACCUUGGACCUGAAUCAUGGGAGCGGAUACCUGAUCCCUUAUGGCGUCGCCGGGUUGGUCUUAGAUUCUGCCUUGCACUUCUCAGACUUGAUUCGAAGGCUUACAAUGCAUAUGAGGACUACUUUAUCGAAGUCCUCCUCACAUGUACUGUUCCCUCCAAGACGACAAUCGAACACGAGUAUGCAUCCAUCAUAUUCACUCUAGACGGUCUUCGACACCCGCUUCUACGUGGCGUGCUGGCCGAGCCGUCUACAGGAUCAUCUACAUUCGAGAUAUCGCUAGAAGAAUAUUCGACAGUCCGGCAGACGCUGAUUGCAUCGGCAUUUGCCAAUCUUACUGAGCGUUUGCGAGAUAAUACAGAUCCCGUCAACUACAAGUAUCUUGGCUUCUUGGUUUCUAUGCUCUCAGCUAUGAGAAACAACUAUGAAGUUUGUGCAACUGCCUUGAUGUCUGAUCAUGGAGCUAAUGACUUGCACACCAGAGCCUGUUAUCUGGGGAGGAGCGAGUAACUUAUGCCGAGUUUUGUCGAAAGGUCUUCCGAGCGCUGUUGAGCAAGAAGCUACUGGCAUCCCAGCCACGGUUGUCAGAGCUCAUUCAAUGGGGGAAAACAACAUUGGCGAGAGCAGGUGAUGAUGACGGUG